AUGGCCACCACACGAUCUUCCAAGCGCCAAAAGAACGAGCCCUACGAGCUCUUAUACCAUGCUGGCAUUCCCGGCCGAGGCGAGCACAUCCGCCUCGCCUUCGAAGAAGCCGGCGUCGAGUACUGGGACGCGGCGCACAAUGACAACGGCGCCAGCGAGACCUACCCGCUAAUUUCCGACAAGUACACGGGCAACGCGCACAGUCCCCCUCACCUCGCCCCGCCCAUUCUUCGGCACGGCGACCUCACCAUCAGUCAGACGCCCAAUAUCCUGCUGUACCUGGGCCCGCGGCUGGGUCUCGUUCCAGACCAAAGCGAAGAUCCGGAGGGGAUCUACUACAUCAAUCAACUGACGCUGACCGCGCUGGACGGUUUCUCGAACGAGGCGCACGACACCCAUCACCCCAUCGCAUCUGGCGAGUACUACGAAGACCAGAAGGACGAAGCUUUGCGCAGGGCAGUCGACUAUCGUCUAAACCGCAUCCCCAAAUUUCUGGGCUACUUUGAGCGCGUCCUCGGCUCGCCGACCAGUCAGGGGGGCGAGUAUCUGUAUGGAGGGAAGCUGAGCUAUGCCGAUUUAGUGCUCUUCCAGACUCUAGAUGGCGUGAGCUUCGCGUUCCCCAAGUGCGUCAAGUCAGCGAGAGAGAGCGGGAAGUAUGGCAAGGUGUGGGCGCUGUAUGAGCGCGUCAAGGGACGGGCGAAGAUCAAGGAGUACUUGGCGAGUGAUCGAAGGCUGAAGUACAGUAUGGGGAUAUAUCGCCACUAUCCGGAGCUGGACGAGGAAUGA